GCCAGGAGCCAGCUCCGAGGGAGAGCGAGAGGAAGGGACGCCGGGCACCGCCGAGUCCCGCCGCCGCCCGCCCUGCGCUACCGCCGCCACCGCCGCCCCAGAUUUGGGCCCCGAUCAUGAAGAUCCCGCUGCUGGUCUCCACGGGAAUCCUGCUGGUCGCCCUCCUGCCCUGCCAGGAGUGCAGAGCUCUCAGCAAGAGCCCGGCACCCGCCCCUGGGGCUCUGCACCAGCCAGAUUUCUUCCAGCAGCAGCAGCAACAGCAGCAGCAGCAUCAGCAAACUCUGCCUGUCCUGCUCCGCAUGGGAGAAGAGUAUUUCCUGCGCCUGGGCAACCUUCACAAGAGACCCGUUGGCUCUUUCUCCGCCUCCUCCAGCAGCACCAGCCACCUACAGCCCGAAGCCUCCGCCAGCAACUUUUUCCGGGCGGCGGUUCAACAGCUGCAGCAGCUGCCCGAGCGCUCGCCGGGGAACCGAGAGGACGGCGAAGCCCAGGGUGAGGCCGUGGAGAGGGAGAAGCGAUCCGAAGAGCCCCCUAUUUCUCUGGAUCUGACUUUCCACCUCCUUCGAGAAGUCUUGGAGAUGGCCCGAGCCGAGCAGUUAGCGCAGCAAGCUCACAGCAACAGGAAACUGAUGGAGAUAAUCGGGAAGUGAAACGGCCCCUCCCCGCCUUGCCAAAGAGAUUCCGCAGUUAGCACAAGAAUAAUUACACCGUCCGAUGUACCAUAGUGCUGCUCUGAUGUCAUCUCUUUAUUUUUAUAUAGCUUUAAACCUAGAAGGGCGUACUCCGAACAGCCUCUGUCCCUUGACUAGCAUGCACAACCGUGUACCAAGUGCAGAAACACGAGUGUCGUUCGUAACCUCCCCUACCUUUAUUUAUUUCUCCAUUUCCCAGUUAUUCUAGUGCCAUCGCUACGUAGGGAUGUGUGAGCAUUGGAAGAAAUGGUGCCAAGAAGACAGAAAACUUUUCUGCUGGGGGCAGGGAGGUGGGAGGGGGAAUCUGUGUAAGCUACUUUCAAUCCACUUUUUUUUUCCUGUAAACAUUUUCACAAUAAAACAUCUUUUCAGCGCUCGGUCGAUUUGGUUGUGUAAGAGAAUGUUUAAUAUUUAUAUUUUUAAUAAAAGCUGCAAAGUAAA